UCAUUUGGCUUUAUACAUACAUACUGACUUCUGUGGUCUGGUAAGGGUCAUCAGAUGGCUUCUGCUUCUGUUUCCCUUUACAUUUUCAUUCUUUCUAAUCUUAUCUUACUCAUAUCAGCUGAAGAAAAUGAUGGGAAAGUCUGUCCAUCUAGCUUCCAAUGCGGAAAAUUCGGCACAAUCAGUUACCCCUUCACCACCAUCUUCAACCCCACUUGUGGGAUUUGUGUGAUCAAUUGUACUGAUGCAAUUCCCACGAUUGGUUUAUCAGCCACAGGACCUUGGUAUAGAAUUAACAAUAACUUUUCAAGUAACAGGAUUUUCCUUGUGAGUGAUCAGAGCCUCCUAUACGCGGUGCAGUUCGACACAUGUGAUGCAUUCGCUAACACAACGUUUAGUCUUCCGAAAUCUAGUACUGUCACCUUCACAGUCUUGUAUAAUGCAACAUUCUCGAGGUGUCCGAAAAACAUUCAUAGGAAUGACGGUGGUUAUUUUCGCCAUAUACUUGAUUGUCCGAAUUACAACAUUUAUCACAGAAAUAACUCAGGUGAUGGCAUGACUCUUUCUGGCUGUCAGGUUUUUCAGUAUCCGCAAUUCCUGGUGGUGGAAUUGUCAGAGAGAUGUUCACAGUGUGUUAGUGAAGGUGGAUACUGUCAUGAACCCAGAAAUGAUGAAUUCCAGUGCAUCAACAAGCGAAAAGAACGAAGGAAGCUAAGGCUAGUACUUGGAUUAGGCAUUACAGGAGGGAGUAUGUUCAUUGUAAUCCUUGGGCUGGCAUUCUGGUGUCUGAAGAAGAUAAAACUCAGAUCAUCAGAAUUGGCUUCCAGGAGUAUUCGUAAGCAAACAACGAGAAUGAAAACAGAUCUUGACAAGAGCAAGGUCUAUUUCAGUGUACCAGUCUUUUCUUAUAGUGAACUUGAAGAAGCAACGAAUAAGUUUGAUCCAAGUAGAGAGCUUGGUGUUGGAGGCUUUGGAACUGUGUAUUAUGGAAAACUAAAAGAUGGGAGGGAAGUUGCUGUCAAGCACCUAUAUGAGAGGAACUGCAGACAGGUCGAACAGUAUAUGAAUGAGAUUGAAAUCCUUGCCUGCCUGCGCCAUCAGAAUCUGGUAGCACUUUAUGGCUGCACUUCACGCCGAAGCAGAGAACUCCUCCUUGUCUAUGAAUAUGUGGCCAAUGCUACAGUGGCUGAUCACUUGUACGAUGUCCAGGUUAAGUGUGGAACACUCGCUUGGCCUGUCCGUAUGAGAAUUGCUAUAGAAACAGCAACCGCAUUGUCUUACCUCCAUGCCUCAGAUGUCAUUCACCGGGAUGUCAAAACUAAAAAUAUUCUUUUGGACACCAACUUUAGUGUGAAGGUAGCUGAUUUUGGGUUAUCAAGAUUGUUCCCAUUAGACGUUACUCAUGUAUCAACUGCUCCACAAGGCACUCCCGGGUAUCUUGAUCCCGAGUACCAUCAAUGUUACCACUUGACGGAUAAGAGUGAUGUUUAUAGCUUCGGGGUUGUUCUUGUCGAGCUCAUUUCAUCAUUACCGGCAGUUGAUAUUAACAGGAAAGAAGAUGAGAUUAAUUUGUCGUGUUAUGCAAUGAAGAGAAUUCAAUGUUGUGCAUAUGAUGAGUUAGUUGAUCAACGGCUGGGGUUUCACUCGAAUCACAAGGUAAAGAGGAUGAUUACUCUGGUAGCGGAGCUUGCUUUUCAGUGUUUACAACACAGAAAAGAUUUCAGGCCUUCCAUGGUUGAGGUACUGGAAACAUUGAAGAGGAUAGAAAGUGCAGAUUACGAAGCUCAUCAGACAGAAGAAAAGGAAGAGAACAAUGUUUGGCUGCUGCAGAAUAAUACAGAAAAUCCACCUUCACCAAAUUCAGUCAUGUAUGAAUGGGGCAGUAGCAAGUCUGCCACUUCAACAGCAAGCAGAUGAAAUGCCAUCCAAAUAAGUGUACACCCGAGUUGAUAGUUCAAUUAUCUGAACUAAUUUACCUGUUGUCACUGCGAUGUCUGUAAAAACAGGGACUGAGUACUCGGUAACUUUUAGUUAUAAGAUGUUUAUAUAGGAAACAGAGCAAUAAGUAAUGUGUUCUUUGGAAUA